AGAAACCUCCGAUCUGACGGCGCGGACGAAUCAACGGCGAGGCCGCGUUUGAGCGACGAACCUGGGCUUGAGCGCCGCCGAGCCGCACCAGCGCGAGAAGUGUCACGAGUGAGUGUGUAGCGGACGCACGCGAUAACGAACGCCCGAUCCGCCGAGCGAGCCACCGCCGCCGCAGCCGCAGGUUAUUUUUUAAAAAUAGGUGUCUAGUGCACGCAGAUAGUGUCACCACGAAGCUGCGCCAGUACUACGAGAGAUUCGCUGCGAUGGCCGAGAGCAGAGGUUCGCUGAUAGCCAAAUCGGUGCAGAAACACGCAGGGAGAGCCAAGGAAAAGAUUUUACAAAAUCUUGGCAAAGUCGACCGCACUGCGGACGACAUCUUCGACGAACAUCUGCAUAACUUUAAUAAGCAGCAAACCGCUGCCAAUCGCCUGCAGAAAGAAUUCAACAAUUACAUUCGAUGCGUGAGAGCCGCCCAAGCUGCCUCCAAAUCAUUUUUGGACGCCGUCAACGAGGUGUACGAGACCAGCUGGUCCGGUCACGACCUGCUCUACGUCCAAACGCAGUCCAUCGACAUGAUGUACCAGGAUUACAGUCACAAACUUGGCGAGCAGGUCCUCCUGCCGUUGAAUACCUACCAGAGCCAGUUUCCAGAAAUGAAAAAAAAAAUCGACAAACGCGGACGAAAAUUAGUUGACUACGAUGCUCAGCGGCACAAUUACCAGACACUGCAGGCGAGCAUGACGAAGAAGCGCGACGACGUGAAAUUGGCUCGUGGCAGGGAACUCCUCGACGAGGCGAAACGAACCUACGAAAUGCUCAACUCGGAAUUGCACGAUGAACUGCCAGCUCUGCACGACUCCAGGAUAUUGUUUUUGGUGACCAAUUUGCAAACGCACUUCAAUACGGAACAAGUCUUUCAUGCCGAAACUGCCAAAGUCUACAGUGAGCUGGAAGCAAUCGUCGAUAAAUUGGCCACCGACAGUCAGAGAGGAUCCUAUACAAUCAAGAAGAACGGCGCGAGCCUGCCACGCAAAAUCACCAACGACAACAGCAACACUUUGACAAUGAACAGCAUCUCACCUACGAAGAAUAUCUUGAAUAUGCCCGCGCCGGACUCGCCGGUCACCACCCCCGCGUCUCCCACAACGCCGGUCACGCCGACCAAGUCACCGACGCCGCCUAAAGAAUUAUCCACCCCCACAACCCCCGACGCGCCAACACCGAACGACUCUGUCGCAACGCCGGACUCGAGCAAUUCCCAUCCCAAUCCAUCCCCGCCGGCGACGCUCGAAAUUACGCAGUCGUUGCAGGCGCAGCCAAAAUCCGAAAUGAACGGUAACACGGCGCCUGGGCGCACAUCUCUCAAAACUGAAAUCUCCACCGACAAUGACGUCGAGAACUCGAAUACUACUGACUCGAAUGAUUUGCCAAAGGGAAAUAGCGAAUCUACUACUACCACUGAAUUGGUAAAUAACGGCACCGCCGAUACAAAACCUAAAAAUGUUGAAGAAUUAUAUGAUAUUCCAGUGGGGGCGAGCACUGAUAAUCUACCACCAGGUGUGCUCUACAGAGUGAAAGCCACAUACAAGUACAAUCGCGAAGACGUUGACGAAUUGUCUUUCGAUGUUGGCGAGAUCAUCCAGGUGAUUGAGUACGAUGAUCCCGAGGAGCAGGAGGAAGGAUGGCUGAUGGGCCAGAAGGACCACACCGGCGAGAAGGGCAUGUUCCCAGCGAACUUCACCAAGCCCCUUUAAGCAUCCGGCAGGUCGUCCUGCGUUAAGAACAUCGCGAUUCUCGGGCGGAAUGAGCUCCUGCGUGCGCGCCGCGAUUCAUUGCUCAUUCAUGGAUAACUGAAAGAGUCAGAAAUAAGUGCCUUAUGUAAUUUUAAUUGAAACUAUGUUACUUAACGUUUAGAUGACGCGGACCGGUGUACGGAGGGAUGAAAUCUAAUCAUUACAUACGUAUUUGCAUGCGAAAUGUUGUGCCAAAUCGAACAUGAAUACAAAAACAGAAAACUGACGUGGUUAGGCUCAAGUAUGGUUUUUGACAAUUUUAUACUUCCAUCUUGUUAUGUCUAAUUAAUGGACCAUUAUAUAUAUAUUGAAAUCGAAAUUCUAUAAUAACCGAAGUAAAACUGAACGCUAGGAAAUAAUGAAUUAUAUAUGUAAAUAACUCGAAUGUUACGUGAAUCCUCAUCAUGUAAUACUCGUUUUGCUUUUAUAUCGUAUUGCAUUUCGUAUUUAGGACGACUAAACAAUUUUAAUUCUUAUUCUGAAUCAGACCCAGUCCAUGAAGAAAUUUACUCUACGACGGAAUGUAAUCAUUUACUUGGUUGUUAAACAAAUUGAGCAUAUACAAUUAAGAAGUGAAGCAAAUGUUAUAUAUUAUUAUACAAUGUCGAUUGAUUGUUCUAUUAUUUUGUUGAAAUAUUUUAUCUUAUGUUAUUUAUACUCUUUUAACUCUUACUACUAUCAAUACUUUGUAGUUAGGUACUGACUAAAGUGUUAAUUUUAUAUUGAACCAGUUGAAAUGUCAAAUUCAAGUUGGGUGUGCUCCGCAUGCGCAACAUCUUGCGUCCGGAUUCAUUACAAAUUGAAUUUCCAUUUGAAAAUGAAUAAUUUAUUAUUGCUGCUAUCAAGUGUCUCCCGAUUAUCACAUAGGAAGGAUUGUUUGUUGUGUUUUACUUAGACUUUAUUAGGAGAUAUCAAUUGUAUUACGAAAAUUUGAAAGUACUAUUAUAUUGAACUAGGUAUUAUGUCAUCAUCGAAUUGCAAUAUUGAUUUUUACAUAUGUUUUUCGCGUCUUGCAGGAAGCCUAUCAUUUCACUCUGUUUUGCAUCAUCUGCUCAUUCUCUAUAAAUCAGUAUCUGAAAUUUACUAUUAUGUAUAGUAUUAAUAAUACUAUGUAAAAUUCGAUGAAGUAUAAUGCAUAAUAAAUUGUUAAUUAUUUA